UGUAAACUACCUCCCGUAGCUAUAAUGACACCAGCCCUCCGAGAGGCAGCAACAAAAGGUCAUGGUAUCCACUUGUCACCUUCUUUGUCCUCUAGAGCUAUGGAGUCUGAUACAGCUUUGUGCAUGGAAAAUUCCAGAGCAGUGGAAGAGAAGAUAAAAGAGGACUCCAUCGCACAGAUUACUUGCUCAGUCCUGAGGUUCCCCACUGCUGAGCCCAACCUCAGGAAUGAUAUCUUCAACAUGCAGCAUUUUGGUUCUCCACCAUCCUCCAAGUGCUAUCAGUCUGUCUUGUUAAUGAGUACAAGGGCAUUUAGCGGCAAAACUGGUAAGCAAACGAAAGCGGGAGAGCCCGACUGCUCCAAGAUGAGAAAUUCAUUACAUAAUGGUGCUGACACAUCAUUUGGUCAGGUUAGUCAUUCAGAACCUGAGGAACAGGUCAAAGGGAAAACGUUUUCAGAGACCACAUCUCCGAAUUUAGCAGAAAUGCAGAGACUUUCGGAUUCAAAUGUAACCGAAUCCAGUAAUGCAGAAGAAAUGCAGCUUUUAAAUGGUAAAUGGUACAAGAAGAAUGGUUUUUUGGGUAGGGCUUUGGAAGUCUGCACUGAAACAGUAAAAGGGGAUUUACUACACCAAAUUCUUCACGGGCCUGCAGAAGGGAUUUUGAGCUGCACCCCGGGGGAGGUGUAUGCUCGCUUUCUCAAGUGUGUCACUAAGCAACAAAUGGAAAUCAGUCGCGCCAAAAGAACUCGGAAACGUUUACAAAUGCUCCUGGCAAAGCAUGUUAUCAAACACUGUGAUCAGCAGCUGAAAUGCUUUGUGAAACAUCAGCUACAAAGAAUGAAGGUUUUCCAUGAGCCAACCAGAUUUUCGAGCAGUAGCUCACUGCAGUGCACUGAAGGUUGGCCAGAAAACAACGCAACUACUUUGGAGAGUAGAUCAAGCUCAGACAUAGAGAAUGGAGUUAGUGUUGCACCAGGUGAAAUCCAGGCUUUUGCACUUUCCGCUGGAGGACUGCUGUCUCACUUGGAGAAGGAUCUGGACUCUGAUGCAACAUGUGGCAGCUCAGAUGAAGAUGGUGAGGAACAGACUGUAAGAACAACUGUGGAAGCCAGCUAUACUUCUGAAUGGAAGUGGCUUGCAGACAGAGCUAGAAUUGGCAGCCGUUGGACAUGGCUUCAGGCCCAGAUUUCAGAACUAGAAUACAAAAUCCAACAACUAACUGACCUUCACAGGCAGAUACGUGCCACCAAGGGGAUGGUGAUCUUGGAAGAAUUCCCAUUUCCAAAAGACAUUUUGAAGAAGCAAAUGCAAUUGACAGACCAAGAAGCUUUAUUAAACGCCACAGGGAAUUCGCAAGCUGCCAUUGAGAGACAGGAUUCUUUGCCGGAGCAUGACUUUGAAAUGUCACCCAGCAGUCCUACCCUGCUUUUACGAAACAUAGAAAAACAGAGUGCACAACUGAGUGAAAUCAUUAGCAGCCUAAUUGCUCCACUCAGUCUGUCUCCAGCUUCUUCAUCUCUUUCAUCCAAGACCUGUAGGCCCAGACAGCUGGUCAAUGGCAUUUCCUUCAGAGCUUCAGACAACAGAGAGGUGUCCUCUUCAAGCAGCUGUUUGCUUGAUCAUCAGAACAUUAAGAAAAGAAGAAGAGACAGGACAAGGCUAAGAUCUCUCUCUGUGGCUAAUGUGAGAACAUCUGCCCGAACAAUGCCACUUCAUCACAGUUUCCAGAAGAGGAGACUCUACAGAAUGCACGGUGCCUGUUACUGGAGUCAGCAGACUUCACUAUCUAGAGAUGCCUCCUUUCCAUACAAACCUCGGUUACCAUGUAUGGUGCCAGCCUCAGCUUUCAGUAGUAGUGAGUACAAUGCAGAAUCUAAAAUACUAGAUUAUGUGAAAGAGCUGGACUCUUCCUUCCAUCCAGUCUUAUCAUUCCCUUCAGAUGUUCCUCUUCACAUAUACUUUGAAACAUUAUUAAGGAAGGAUGACAUCAAAGGAGAACCUGUUGAUACCUCAUCUUUGGGAGUGGAAUUUAAAGUAUCUCCAGACAAUGACUAUAAUAAACGUAACAUUUCUGUCAAACAAUGGAGCAGUGGCUGUUUAUCUAAUUCCGAAUCUCAGUCAGUGUCAGGAACAUCUGACCAGCUGUCGGAAGGAAGAAAGAAAAGACAUCUAAGUGAGACAGCAGUAGGCGAACGUAACACUAGGUUUGAGACAUUCUCCUUUCAACACACAGAACCAGAAUCCCAUAGCAGUUUUGCUGCUGUGACCAAUGUCAAUGCGAUGUCUAGGCCCACUCACAGUACUUCAUCACAGCAUAACUCCAGGAGGAGAUUGAGAAGUGAAAGCUCCUAUGAUAUAGACAACAUUGUUAUUCCAAUGUCGCUGGUGGCACCAUCAAAGUUGGAGAAACUACAGUACAAAGAAAUCCUUACCCCAAGCUGGAGAGUUGUUGAAUUUCAACCUUUAGAAAGAUCUCAUACUGAUGAAGAAGAGGUAGAAGAUCUGUCAGAUGAAGUUUUUUCCUUACGUCAUACAAAAUAUGAAAAAAGAGAGAGAGCAAGGUGGUCACUGUGGGAGCAGAGCCGCUGGCCCAAAAGGAAUAGCAGAUCUUACAGCAAAAAUGCUGACGGACGACACAGCCAAGAUUUGGUGCAGAAAGCAGGGAUUGCACAACUCUGCAGAGAGAGCCAGGAAGCGAAGUCUGGGCUGUGGGAACUUCGAGUUUUUCCACUAAAAGAUGAAGAGGUAGAAGCUUUACUGUGCCAAGAUCAAAUAAUGAAUCAGACUGAAAUGUCAAGUGCAGCUUUUCCCAGCGACUCUCUCUGUACUUCGUGCACACCCAUUGGUUUGCCAGACAAUGGCCAUCCACCAAGAAAACAAUCUACCGAAGAGUCAGAAGACUGUGAAAAUAUUUGCCUGGGAAUGAACAAUACAAGAAAACAAAGGUGACAGGGAAUAAUGUGGUUCAUUAAGAAAGCCAAUUAAGGUGGAGAAAAGUGUAAGGUAAAAUCUCUCUUGUUCACACAGCGUACGACAGCACAAUUCAAAACCUGUAUGUUAGCUGCAUAUAAUAUAUUUUCUUUCUUGCUUUGUAACAGGCAGGAUAAAUCCCAAAGACAACACUUUCUUCUUCCUGAACCCCAAGAGA